AUGACGCAACUUCUCGUUCCGGCCUUGCGGUCCAACCCUGCAGCAGCGGCAGCGGCAGCGACAACAACUACGAGUAACCCGUUCUUCAAACCAUCGUCCCCAACCAAACAUAGACCCGCCAGGAACACCACCCAGGAACCCUUGUCACGAGCCCUUAGGAAUGCUGGCAACUUACUGCAUUACUUGAAAGAUGGCCUGUCGCCUGAGGAUCGCCACAACGCGAGGCUCUUGGAGGAGCGGAAGCAGAUACUGUCGGCUAGACUGCAGCAUGCUCAGACUUGGCAGCAAUGGGACAGAGCAGCCCACGAGUUAGACGAGCUCGAGGGCAAUGAGGACUGGAAGAGGGACAAUUCGACCGGAGACUACGAUCCCGACCUUAUCCAGGAGCGCCUAGAGGCUCUUGACCAAGCGAGGACCAAUUGCGACUUGCGUGCGAUGCUGCACCUUGUCCGGACCGCGUUGACCAGGGACCUCGGAGGCAUGGGCAACAUUGACUUGUACCGCCAUACCUACUCGGGGACCAAGAGGCUGAUUGAGCAGUAUGUCGACUCGGCGCUCCAGACCAUUACCGCCAUUGUCGAGCAAAGCUCUCAUCCUCUCCCCGAGGGUCUGUCGUCCAAGGACCUCCUCGACGCCACACUCUACGCCCGCCAAAGCUUUGGCCGGAGCGCUUUGCUCCUCAGCGGCGGUGGAACGUUUGGCAUGACACACAUUGGAGUCCUCAAGGCAUUGUUUGAAAAUAAUCUACUGCCGCGUAUCAUCUCGGGAGCCUCGGCGGGGUCCAUCGUUUGCUCCGUUGUCUGCACAAGAACCGACGAUGAAAUACCCCAGCUGCUGGAAGAGUUCCCGUAUGGAGACCUUGCCGUUUUUGAGGAAGAGGGCAAUGAAGAUGGUAUCAUGGAUCAUCUGCGUAGGCUCUUCACCGAGGGCAAUUGGUCUGAUAUCAAGCAUCUGACCAGGGUCAUGCGCGAUCUCUUGGGAGAUAUGACCUUUCAAGAAGCGUAUAACCGCACCCGACGAAUCUGCAACAUCUGCGUCUCUUCGGCCUCGAUACACGAGCUCCCUAGACUUUUGAAUUAUGUCACGUCCCCAAACGUCAUGAUUUGGUCUGCCGUGGCGGCCUCGUGUUCAGUGCCAUUGGUCUUUAGUGCAGCACCACUCCUAGUCAAGAACCCGAUUACGGGGCAGCAUAGUCCUUGGAAUCCAACGCCGCAAAUGUGGAUUGACGGAUCUGUCGACAAUGACCUGCCCAUGACACGACUGGCCGAGAUGUUCAACGUCAAUCACUUUAUUGUUUCCCAAGUGAACCCGCAUGUCGUUCCCUUUUUAGCCAAGGAGGAUACUCCAUACACUGCUUUUGGGGGUAGUGGAGAACCGGCCGGCGGCCAGUCAGCUUGGGUUUCCACCAUUGCAAAGUUGGCGAGGAGUGAGGCUCUUCAUCGAAUGCAGAUAAUGGCAGAGCUCGGCAUAUUUCCCAACUUGGUGACAAAGCUGAGAUCGAUUCUAAGUCAAAAAUACUCGGGCGACAUCAAUAUCGUGCCAGCCAUGGGCGUUUUGGACCUGCCCAAGAUUCUGACAAACCCGACCACGGAAUUCAUGCUUCGUUCGUGUCUUUCUGGCGAGCGAGCCACAUGGCCCAAGAUAUCGAGAGUCAGGGACCGAUGCGCUAUUGAGCUUGCUCUAGACCGAGCUGUCCAUGCUUUGAAGGCACGCGUAGUCUUUAGCAAGAGCCAGGCUGAUCUCAGGCGUAUGAUGACCGGUCACAUUGCCCAUCCUCGCGGGGGCAGCCACGAACCCCUCAAUACCAUGGUUUCGCCCAUCGAGAGUCUCAUGACGACCAAGGAGAAGCUGAGGCGGCGCCAUCGAAGGUCGAGUGUCAGUAAUUUACAGCCAACUCUUGCUCAUCGGAAGCACAUCCAUGAGGCCGACGAGGUGACGGACGACGACACUGACCAGGAGGAACGCCUCGAAAUGACAUUCAAGCUCUUACGCGCAAAGCCUAAAAUGAGGAUGAAACGAUUGCCUAAUGAUCAUACGCAAAACGGGCCCAGGACAGCUCCACACUUGCAUACUUCCAAUGAACCGAACGCCUUUGACUUUGCGACAUCGCCGUCAAGCAACCGAGGUACAUCACACUCGAACCUUUGUCCCUCGACGCCCACCAUUGCUAUCACGAAUGAGGACAAUGACGAUGCCAAGAACGAGGAGGAGGAGGAGGACGACGACGACGAUUCGCGGCCUCCCCUGAGUUGCUCCGUUGAGGAAACAGGCUCUACCCCUCUUGAGUCACAAACCUCUCAAACAGAUGAACCACCGAUUGAAAAUUCCCACGCGUCAGAUGCGGAUAUUGAUAGUUACUCUGAUCGUAGCCUUGACAAUACACGGGUCAAUAUUUCGAAACAACCAACGGUAUCUGCACAAAGCAGGCAAGCCAAAAGCUUGCGUCCAGGCCAGUAG